AUGGACGCAAUCCGUGCAAAAGCAAAGUUUGAUUCACUGAAGUCUGAAUACAACAUGAAAUUUGAGGUUAAAGAUGAGCAAAUUGAAGUAGCUUUGACAGUUGUAAAUGGACGAAAUGUUUUAGGACUUCUCCCAACAGGCUAUGGUAAAACACUUUGCAUCGUUCUUCCAACUAUUUUAUCUGAUGAGUCUAUGAUCACGCUAGUGGUGUCACCGCUCACAUGUUUAAUAGAUGACCAAAUAUCCAGUCUUCGAGGCUUCAACCUUACAUGUACAAAAAUUGGCUCUGAUAUGGACAAGGAUGAUAUUUUAGGUAUUAAAGAAGGAAAAUUCUCUUUUGUGUUUUCCUCUCCAGAAUCAGCAUUGAUGCCGCAAUGGAGAAGUGUUUUUAUGACAGAUGUGUGGCAAAAAAAACUUAAAUUAAUUGCAAUUGAUGAAGCACAUUGUGUGUCUGAAUGGGGGGAGAGUUUUAGAAAAGAAUACCAAAGACUUUUUGAGCUUAGAAGUUUUUUUGAUGUUCCUGUAAUGGCCUUGACUGCAACAUCCACAAAGGAAGUAAAAGCCGAUAUUUUUAAGUAUUUACAGUUAUCUGAUGAGUGUACAGACAUCGUGUUCAAGAGUCCCGACAGAGCUAACAUUUACAUACAAUUCUAUAAAAGAGUAACAUCUGAUUAUGAUGAAAGUCUCAAAUGGCUGAUUGAUCAUCUACGCCUUCGUGGUAUUGCAUCAAAAAAAGUAAUUGUGUAUUGCAGAUCAAUCGAUAGAGUAUCGGAAAUAUUUUGCACACUAAAGGACUGUCUUGGAGUAAAGGCAUACAUUGAUGGCAUCAAGGACCCAAAUAAUAUAUUAGUUGAAAUGUUCCAUAAAAGUACACACCAAGAUUCGAAAGAUAGAAUUUUAAAAGAAUUCAAACUGAAAGAAAGUAGGAUCCGUUGUGUGAUUGCUACAGUUGCUUUGGGUAUGGGUCUCGACAUACGGGACGUAGACUUAGUAGUACAUAUUGGAUGUCCUAAAUCUGUACUCUCUUACUGGCAAGAGGCAGGUCGUUGUGCGAGAGAUGGCCGACAAGGGUUAAGUCUCAUCAUUUAUGACAUGUUCACUGUGUCUUUGAAAAAUACGGCUAAAGAUAUUGCGAAAGUCGUACAAAACAAAGAUAACACGUGUAUCCGUACGCAAGUACUAUCACUUCUUUCAGACCAGAAAACAGGUGCAAGUAUGUCGGAAGGUGAUACAUGCAGUGGAUGCGACUUGGAACAUUGUGAUUGUUCUUUUUGUAGAUGUUGUUCAGUGUGCAUUGAAAAGUGUCCAUGCCAAAAGAGAUGCCUUUUCAAUGUGCAGACUUUCCUUAAACAAGAACGUCACUGUGAAGAUGACAAAUAA